GAGCAGCGGCAUUCAAGAUGGCGGGGGUGCGCUGGUCGUUGAAGCUCUUUGGGCUUUUCCUCCUCUUGGCGGAGAGUUGUCAAAUAUUGGCAGGAAGUGUAACAACUAACAACCCAAACCCUGUGGUAAACGAGUUUAGCGAAGUUUUGUUAUCCUGCAUUACCACCUAUGAUCAAAAUGAUGAACUUCGUGUCGAAUGGAAAAAACUCAACGCUGGCACAGAUUUAGUAUAUUUUGAAAACGAGCUUCGAGGAGACUUGAUUGAUCGCGCAAAGUUCAGAGAGUCGUCUAUAUAUAUACACAACGUGACUCGGAAAGAUACUGCAGUAUAUCGCUGUGAAGUUGUACACAAAGAGAAGGGAUAUUUGGGUGAUGUUUCUAUUAAUCUAACAGUGCAAGUGAAACCAAUUGCACCAAAAUGUGCUGUCCCUAAAUCAGUGCCAGUGGGGAAGACUGCAAUUUUGACCUGUAAUGAACACGAAGGCUAUCCACCAUCCACGUAUACUUGGUACAGAAAUGGUGACGUUCUUCCAGGUGACCCGAAAUCCAAUCCAAAAUUUCUCAAUUCUUCUUAUAAAAUAGACUCCAAUACAGGAACUCUGCGCUUUACUGUCAUCUCAAAACUGGACAUUGGAGAAUACCACUGUGUUGCGGAAAAUAAUGUUGGACAUGCAAAGUGUGAACCUCAGCAUAUGGAAGUCUAUGAUAUCAAUAUCGCUGCAAUCAUUGGUGGUGUUCUUGUUGUAGUCCUUGUUUUAAUGAUUAUAACCGUCGUCAUCAGACUUGCAUAUAAACGAGGAUACUUCGCAAAGAAACAGCCUCCAAAAGGUUACCAAGCUUCCUCUAAAGCAGAUGAUGUUGAUUAUGUCAGAUCAAAUCCUGUGGAUGAUGAGGGUGACUUCCGACACAAAUCAUCCUUUGUUAUUUGAAAGGGGAGAAGACCAGAAAAGUGAAGACAACAGAAAAAUACCUCUUAAAGGAACUCAAACCAGUAAUGAAUUUAAAUACUAGUUUUAUGGGCCACAGAUCCAUAAAAGGUUAAUACCAGAAUCUUGUAAUAUAAAAUUACUAUUUUGCCAAAGCUGUUGACCACUAUUUUCUGCCACUAAACAAUGACAUUUUUUAUUCCAUUUUCAUUUUUGAUACCACAUUAUCUUGGUGCUCGUAAUGAGAUCCCCUAAUCAUCUGCUGCUGUAAUAUAUGGCUAAGGGUCCUAAAAUCUGGUUCAGAAAAAUAAUUUUACAUAUUUAAAGUUUACUGCUUCUUGGCCAUUAUCAAUACAUCAAAAUCCAAACUGUAGGCCUAAAUUUCUCAAAAAUAAUUUACCCAUAAUUGGUUCAAGCCUUUUGAUCCAUAAAAUGGAUGUACUAAAUCGUCAAGGUGAAGAAUAUCUAAGGUGAUGAAUUCUUUUGAGGCCUAUCCAGGUCCCAUAUUUAUUUGAAAUUGUGAAACAAUUUAUUUUAUGUAAAUUUGUACAGAAUAUGCCCAAAAUAUCACUUAAGUAUUCUUUUAAUUCAUUAACCUGGAGCUCUCAGUAAUUUUUUCCUUAACUUGUGACAAGCAAACUGCCAAGAAAUGACUCUUAAACGUGGGAUAAAACAGAAAUCUGUAGGAGAUCACUGAAUAGGAAAAGUGUUUUCAAAGAUUCUUUGAGGUGCUCAGUACUUGUGAAUCAUGAAUUGCUGUAGUUCAUGCUGUUUAAAUGUUAAGCUAAUAUGCAGCAAUAUUUCAUGGCUUUAUAAAUUCAAACCAACCAAUUUGCCUGCCAUAAUUGCCCAGCACACCCAGGAAAGCAGUCAUUAAAUAAAACUUUAAAGAAA